AUGGCUGAGAAAGAACAAUUUUCGAGUGUAAGGUCGAGUAAUACUUCCAAUAGGGGUAGGCCAACGAGAAAUACUGGGAAUGGAACUAGCAGUAAAGGUGUGACAAAAGAUACAGCCGUGAGAUCUGUUGCCAGAGCACCUACUAGAGCUUAUGCCAUUCGUGCUCAUAAGGAUACGUCAUCUCUCAAUGUGAUUAUUGGCAAUGAAGACGAAGAUGAAACUGAGGGUGGAGAUAAAGAAGAAGACGACGGUAGAGAUCAAAAUGAAGAUGACGGUGGGAAUGAAGAUAAGCACAUGGGUGGAGGUGAAGAUGAAGAAGAUGAAGACGAUGGUCACGAUCCAGUGCAGGAGCAAGCACAACUAAUUGUGCGCAGAAAUCCUACGCGCAUUCGUCAACCACCUUCGUGCGGCACUCAUUCUGCCCAAUGA